AAUAUCAUUUCCGGAAAUGACGCAAUGUUGUUAUUAUUCCAGGAAGAGGGCACGGGAAAGCACUGAACUGCGUCAACAAUUGUUUUUAUGAUACGUUUGGAUUUCAGCUGCUUUUCAACAUGGCAACUAGCCACUGCUGAUUGAUUUAUGGCACUGUUCCUGGACGGGACUCUAUUAAGCACCAACAUGGACACAUCAAAUUUUGCCCAUGUCAUCUUCCAGAAUGUGGGGAAGAGUUACAUGCCCCAUGCUGCCCUGGAGUGUCACUUUACACUGACGCAGUUCAUCAAACCGCAUCCAAAGGACUGGGUUGGCAUUUUUAAGGUUGGUUGGAGCACAGCGAGGGACUAUUACACAUUCCUGUGGUCGCCUCUCCCAGAGAACUAUGUGGAAGGCACCGCAGUCAACCGGAUAGUGGUCUUUCAGGGAUAUUAUGUGCCCAACGAUGAUGCAGAGUUCUACCAGUUCUGCUAUGUGACCCACAAAGGCGAGAUCAGGGGGGCCAGCACGCCGUUCCAGUUUCGUGCCAACAGCCCUUCAGAGGAUGAGUUGCUGACUGUGGAAGAUGAAUGCAACUCUGACAUCCUGGUGGUCACCACCAAAGCUGGCUUCUUUGAGCAAAAGUUGGAGGAAGCCCAAAGAGAGAAAGAGGAGUUGAUCAAAAACAUGGCCCUCCUGCAGCAGGAGAAGGAGCAGCUGCAAGCGGAGAAGGAGAGCCUGCAGAAAGAGUGUGAGCAGGAGAAAGACGCUUGUGCCUUGCUGAGAAGGGAGAGCCAAGAUUUGCAGAAUUCUUCCCAGGCCCUGCAAGAAGAGAAAAUGGAAGUAAAGAGCAGACUGGAGGAGGCCACAGCCAGAGUUCUACAGCUGGAGGAGGAUCUGAUUGGAGUCACCCAGAAGGGUCUUCAAAAGGAAACCGAGCUGGACAGUCUCAAGGAUAGAGUGAAGAAACUCACUGCAGAGAAGGAAGCCCUUGAAUCCCAUCUCAAGAAUGAGAGAGAUGAGAAGGAGCUCUACAAGAUUCACCUGAAAAACCGCGAGCUGGAGAACACUAAGCUGAGUGCAGAGCUGCAGAUGCUGAAGUCCGUGGAUGUGAACAAGGAAAACACAAUUGCCCAGUUCAAAGAGGAGGUGGGGCGCCUGCAGGCGUGCCUCACUGAGAAGGAGAAACAGAACCGAGAGAUCCUGGCCAGAGUUCCCCCCUUGGGAGAUGUGAAGGCCCUGAAGGAGAAGCUGCGGCAGAAGGAAGAGCAGCUCCAGGCCAACCAGCAGCAGUUCUCCCUGCUAGCCGCUGAGUUGCGGGACGCCUCUAGCACCCGCGACCGUACCAUGUCCGAACUCUACCACAUGAAACUGGAGGCCGAUGCCCUUCGCCAGGCUAAGGCCGAAGCUCAGGCCCAGUGUGGCCGACUGGAGCAUCUGGUGGAGGAGAUGAAGGCAGAGGCCAAAAAUGAAGCGGCCAAAAAAGAAGAAGAAGAACAGGAAGAAGCUGCCGAAGACCCAGCUGUCUUAGCAGAGCUGCAGAGAGAGGUGGAGGAUCUGAAGCUUCGGCUGCACAUGGCUGCGGAACACUACAAGGAGAAAUACAAGGAAUGUCAACGACUGCAAAAACUUGUGCUUAGACUCACUGAUCAACAGGGGGAUCUGAAGAGAAGCACAGCACAAGAGGCCUCAACAAUACCUGUCUCAGUGAGUCCAGACAUAUCAGUGCCAGGGAGUCCAGGUUCUGCUGAUCCGAUGCUGGAAGCCAUCAUCCAGGAAAAGCUAAAAGGAUUCAGCAGAGAGGCUACUGACAGGAAUGACAAAUACAGGAAAUGCAAGCAGAUGCUGCUGGAGGAGAAGGAGCGUAACUGCAUGUUUGCCGAUGAGCUCGCCAAGAUGGAGUUGAAAUUUAAGGAACAACUGAAGAUGAAUGAGAACAUGAAACUUCAGUUGGCAUCAGAGGAAGAUCGCUACAAGAGCCAGGUAGCUGAGAAGGGUCGGGAGCUGAAGGAGCUGAAGGACGCACUAGCACUUGUUGUAAAGGAGAAGGAAAAGGUGGAGGGGGAGCUCCAGAAGGGCGACAGCAGCAGCAGCAGCAGCGGCAGCAAUAAGGGAGAUCAGGGCGGCAGUGAGAAAACCAGUUUGGAAAAUAUCCAGUCCAUUGUGCCUUUAUUCCUGCAGUACCCUGUCCCUUACACCCAGGAUGCCCCCACCCCCCUCCUGGUCUCGCAGAGCCCCAGCAAGUUGCAUUUUGGGAACCCUUACUCCAUCACAGACUCAAAAGAUGAGGGUGAUGAGGAGUUCUCAGAUGACCAGCUACUUAGGCUUCCCCCGGUGGGCCCGCCCUCCUGGGACAGUAAUGUGGUGUGUAUCCAACCCGCCCGCAACCACAGCCGGCCAGAAGGCCACGAGGAGUCCGAGGAAAAGCAAAACAACAACAACAAUUGUGAUACCAACGAACCGCCCGCGGCAGCUGAAACUCACAGCCCAUUUGUGAGCGAUGGGCAAACUGCCUUCUGCUUUGAUCCCAGCAUGGACAUGAAGCGGUGUCCGCUGUGCGAGGUCAUCUUCCCACCCAACUACGACCAGAGCAAGUUUGAAGAGCACGUGGAGAGCCACUGGAAAAUCUGCCCCAUGUGCAGCGAGCAGUUCCCGCUGGACUGCGACCAGAAGGUGUUUGAGAAUCAUGUGCUAACCCACUUUGACUGCCAGCCGCUCGACUUCGACUAGAACCCCCCCCCCGAAAUCAGCACAUCCGGUCUGCCUACUUCCUAUGGCCACUGACAUUAAUCACUCUGCACUGUUUUCUGCAUGUAAUGGUGUGAAUAUCCACUUUGUAGGACUAUGCUGACUUUCGCUUUGUUACUUCAAUUUAGGGAAACACUUUAAAGUGAUGGUACAUUUUGAAAUAACAUUGUAAUUCGGUGUAUAUGGCGGGGCUAACGUUUUCUUUUGUAGGUGAAAGGUUUCCCUUCGUUUGGAUUUGAAGAAUCAUUUAGCGGAAUAUGACUGUUGUACGUAUACAUGCUGACUUUAAAUUGACUCACAUGGUUCUAUCUGACUCCAGGAUGUAACGAAUCAGGGAAAGAGAUACGUGUUUACCAAACUUACACAUAAAACACCCAACCAAAUGAUUCCCCCCUUAAACAUCGCUGUACAAGUCAUUUACUCAUUCUUUAUAGAAAGCAGCCUUGUUGCACAAUAUGCAGUCAGGGAGACAAGAUAAUACAGUAUAUCAUCAGAUCAUCUAUUUUAGAAUAAUUAAAGCUAUGGUUAUAACAUUGAUACUUUGUGUAUGAUAUAGAUUGUUUUUAUGUUUUGGUUUAGAAUAUGCCUUGGGUUUUGUGUCUCAUCCAUCAAGUCAUCAGCUAAUCAUUGCAUGCAGGAGCUUUUGUUAAAUUUCCUUUUGUUCUCUUUUAAAACGUUAACGUAUUUCAUUCAUAGAACUGUUUCAUUGUGAAGCAAAUCUUAUGUAUCUGAUAAGUAAUAAAGUCUGUUUGAAUCUGAA